GGCCUCGGCCAUUGCCCAAAGCCCUAGUAGAAAGAGGGAGGUUAGAGGUUCUCAAAGAUGGUUCAACGUCUGACAUAUCGCACGCGUCACAGCUACGCCACCAAAUCCAACCAACACCGUAUCGUCAAAACUCCUGGAGGGAAGCUAGUGUACCAGAGCACCAAGAAGAGGGCGAGUGGGCCUAAGUGUCCUGUUACUGGAAAAAGGAUCCAAGGGAUUCCUCAUUUGAGACCUGCUGAGUAUAAGAGGUCGAGGUUAUCUAGGAACCGGAGGACUGUUAACAGGGCUUAUGGUGGAGUUCUUUCUGGUGGUGCUGUAAGGGAAAGGAUUGUUCGAGCCUUUUUGGUGGAAGAGCAAAAGAUUGUGAAAAAGGUCUUGAAGAUUCAGAAGGCAAAGGAGAAGGUAGCCUCAAAGAAAUAAGAUUCAAGAGUUUAGUGCGAGUUUCAAGCAGCUUCAGUGUAGUUUUUGCUAUGGCAGAGCAUGUCAGAACCAUUUAAAAGUAAUUUGAGUUUUUCUGAUUUGGAUCUUUCCCCCUUUGUGCUUUUGCCUUCGCUUGUUUAAAACCAUGAUUUGUAUUACCCCCCAUUUUGUCGACAAAUCCAUUAUGCUAAGAUUUUAGUUAUUUUUCUGUUGGUGAUAAUAUAUACUUCCUUCUAGAUUGUUAUUA